GCAUGCGCAGUCCGAUCCCCACUGGCUCGGUGCUGAAGUUGGGCGGAUGGCAGAAAAAAACAGGGUGAGCUCUGAUGGAGAUAAAACGCCAGGGCGUGCGUUCGCCGCGUGACACCGCGAAUAUUGGUCAAAAACAGCUGUAAAGUCAACUCGUUCAGAAGAGUAACGCCGGGAAAACGAGACGAUGUUUUAUCCUGGUGUACCUUGCCCUUGAUUGAAGAAAAGGAUUUGCCUGUGAAUACCAGGUGUAGCAAACCUACCUCUACCUACCACACCUUCUCUUCAAGCAUCCUCAACCAGUGAUGGUAAGAGAAGAAACAAGAGGCCACCAGUGCGUUUAUAUCCCGGCACCGUUCCCAACGCGACGUUCCACUGUAUCGCCAUGAGGUUUCUGCCUGAUGUGUGGAUUAAGAGCUGCUAAUUUGCAUGCCGCAGAACGUGAGCGGAGUUGAGAUGAGGAAACAGCAGCAGGCCCACAUUGAAGGACCCCCUCAGGCCCCCGGGCACCCGAGACCGAACACCUGCUGUCUGUGCUGGUGCGGCUGCUGCAAAUGCCUCUGGAAUGAAGAGAAUAUGGAACAUCCCGAGCGGCAAACCUGUACAAAAAUGGACAGCAUAGAAGCGACAGAAGAACAGCAUCCCACACUGGAUGAAGUUGUAGCCUGGGCACGAAGCUUCGAGCUCAUGAUGCGCUCCUCAGAGGGCAGAGACAUUUUUAGGCAGUUCCUCAGGUCGGAAUACAGUGAGGAGAACCUGAUGUUCUGGAUAGCCUGUGAGGAAUUAAAGAAGGAAGCCAACCCAACAGCUAUCGAUGAGAAAGCAAGGAUCAUUUAUGAAGAUUACGUAUCUAUCCUGUCACCAAAAGAGGUCAGUUUGGAUUCCCGGGUGAGGGAGGGCAUCAACCAGAGCCUGGCAGAGCCCAGCAGCCUGAUGUAUGAGGAGGCACAGCUCCAGAUCUACACGCUCAUGCACAGAGACUCAUUCCCACGUUUCCUCAACUCAUCUGUUUACAGGGACCUCCUGGAACGAAAGAGAGCCUGCUUAGACACCUAAGGUUCCAGUCAAAAACUCGAGACAAAAAAAACAUCCUAAGGUGCCACUACGGAAAAGUGUGAGGUUUCCUAUACAUAGAGCGAGUAGUUAAGCAAUUCUUACCGUCCAGUAGUGAGCCCAAAGUUCACUUCCUGUUUAAGUGCCAAUAUGAGCUGCUCAGCCAACUGUGACAAAAAGAAUUGUGUAAGGAAAACCAUCCGAGCCCUACUUCCUGUUCUUUACCCAUCUCUCUCUCUCUCUCUCUCUCUCUCUCUCUCUCUCUCUCUCUCUCUCUCUCUCUCCCCUUUCACUUGCCUCGUGUUUGAGGACAGCUGAAUAAUGAUCAUUUAUAUGAUUGGAUAAGAGUUGUUACAACAGGUAACGCCUGACUUUGCAUGAUUCAAGAUUUUGGAAUUGGUUAUAGCUUUGACGUUUAACUCUUUGCAGGACUGCGGCGGUUUUCGAAUAAGAAAUGUACUUCUCAUGCUGUCAUGACGAGCGAGCCUUUAAAGCUCUGGUAAGCGAAGGGAAAAUGUAGUUUUUCUGUUGGAAGCAUUACCACUGUCAUCCGUCUGCCCGAUUUCUCGUCCGUCUUAACAACAUUUUCACUGGGAUAUGUAAGGGCUAGUGUUGUGGUUGGGCAGCUAAACAAACCAUGAACAUGACUUUCCUCUGCAAAAAAACACAAUGUCUCUAUAUCGAUUAAGGGCACAGAAGCUGCUGAUGCUGACCAACAACCACAGUUAAUUGUGCACGUCCUCCCAGGCCCUCCCAGUCCACCCGUCCCUGAGAGAAGCACAGGUACUGUAUGCCACUCGUUGUAAGCAUUGCUGGAUUAAGAGUUUCGCUUGAAAAUAAAUCAGCAACAUCUCAGAGGUACGUGAGAGAAUUAGAAUUGUCAUUUACAUUGAAAUGCCUUUUUUUGUUGUUUUUUUUUAAACCAAGUCUUAAGGUUUUGAACACUGCCUUGUUUUUAAAGGCUUCACUGUAUUUGAAAUAAUGACUUAUGUCUUUGUUCAGGCACUGCACAAUGACACAUUUUCUCAGAGGUGAUGUUAAGUAACAUGCUUCUGGAUUUAAUAUAAAAGGUUUUUUUGUGGACUGAUGUGUAUUGAUGGUUAGAUGAUUAUAUAUGUAGGCUUCAUGGACUUGUCUGUAUGACGCUCAAGGAGCAUUUUGACUGUGGGGCCGCUUUGUGGUAAUAGUGUUUUAAAGAGGCCACCAGGAGCAGUGCACAUCCUGUUAGCAUGCAUUUAUGUGUUUGUGCACUGAACGUGUCAGAAUACACAAUCCGAAUAACCACUACGGAUGAAAUUGCGCUAAGCGUUCUUGAAAGCGUUUCUAUAUGGUUCGAAUUUUAUGUCCCUGAAAAUGACAGUAUUUCAGCUCAGUUUUCUUCGAUUCAGACUUGAAUCUUGCGCUAUCAACUCGAUGCCAAUUUAUUUCCGGUUGCAGCAGCCAGUGCAUGACAAAACAGUAUGUAAAUGCCUGCUUGGUAUCACCACGUUCUCGUCUCUUAGCUUUUAACGAGAGUAAAAUAUAUCCUUGUUCAAAACUCUUUGAGUUUGAAGAUGGCACUUUGAUGAAAAGGUUUGCUAAUGAGUGAGGCUGUUUUUGUUUUGAAUUUUCUUUCUUACUUUUUUUGGUGCUUGGAAAAGCGCUUAAAGUGCCAAUCUCUAGCUGUACAAUAAUUCACUGAAGACCUUUGUCACUCAGCCAGCAUUGCACUGAUGCCAUUUUUAAAAUCACUGUUAAAGCAUUAGUGGGUUCACACAUCAGCAUCAGCCAAUGCGAAAAGAGAACUAGGUCAGCCAGCAAGCCUUUACACGUCUUACUUAAAAAAUAAUAAUAAUUUAAAAAAAAACCUUGCAUGCGUUUCAAUGAUUUGGACUUGAAUUAAAUUGGAGUGCGUUUGUUUGUCACUCAUCAUUCAAAAUGUGAACUUGCUGACUCAAAAGAAAAUAAGGGAAAUUUACUCAAUAUAACUUGUGCGUUAAUAUAUAGCUAGUAUUGGAGGGGCUGAGAGAUAUGUAGUGGGAAUCCGCGACAGUGUUGAGUCAUCUUAGGAUAGUAGAAAUGCUUUGGACUUUUAGAUAUCAGUGAAAGUCUGUGGUGAGUAUUUUAAUAAAAGCAGUACAAGCCCACAAUCAUCGUGCCAUUAUAAACCCUUCUCUUCAGUCAAAACGACGUGUGCCAUCGUUGGCAUACAUCAUAUAUUACCAGUUUAUAACGCAUGCAGCCUCUUUUAAUGGUUAUUUUACAUUUAAUACACACCUAUUUCUAUUCAAUUUUUGUAUUAAUGCUGAAGCAUUGGGAAGUCAUGGACUUGAACUGCGUUUACAUUUAAACAGUGUGCCAUGCAGUUUGUGAACGACGAGUCAGCAGGGCACAGAGUUGGCUGGAUGUUUUUUUGUUUGUUUUUUUUUGUUUUUUUGGAUAUGUCACAUAAAAACUAUUUAAAAGCUGAAAGCAGUGUGCUGAAGAUGUUUAUUUUUUGGUGUUCAAGCCAAAAGAAAAAAAGAAAAGUUGAUCAAUUAAUCCAUGACGGUUUUUUUUUUAAGAUUCACUGGAAUAAUGAAUUUGUAUGGUUAUGCCGUAAAACAUAGUAGACGAAAACAAUCAGUCAUGUAAAUGUUUCAUUUUACUUCAUUUAAAAAAUUAAGGAUUCAUUCUUAUGUAAUAGCAUCUCAGAUAUUGAGUAAUAUUGGAUAUACUAAAAUGUUUCAGCUAGUGUUCACAUCUGAGGAAUUGAUGUGUGAUGUCAUGGAUUAAUUAGCACAUAAAAUUUUUAUGCUUUGGCUUGAUUUUAUCCUGCCAUAAGAGACAGAGUUUUUGCUUGAAGGCUGUCUCAGGGAGCAGCCAGCUAUUGACUGAUGGUCGCAAAACACGGCAUUGUUUGAAGCUCUCUUUCUGCAUUUUUUGCUGAAAGGCUCCUUCUUUUUCUUCUUCUUCUUUUUUUUUUUUUUUUUUUUUAAAAAACAAACAAA